AAGGCCGGCGACUGGGAUAGGUUCGCAGAAACGUACAAGCAAAUCACGGAGAGCACCAACAUCAAGCCCGUCGGUGCCAUCCUUGACCGCCUCAAUGCUCUGUGGCCGUUCAAGGAUGCGACCGGGUUCCUGGACAACGGCUGCGGGCCGGGAACCAUCAUGGCCAGGCUGAUCGACGUGUACGGUACCAGCCUUCCCCCCUCGUGCUCCCUGCUAUGCACCGACUACUCCCCCGCCAUGAUCAAGCAGGUGGAAGCGGCCCGGGAGAAGCAGGAGCCGGCUUCCCUCUGGGCCAGGGUCGAUGCCCGGGUUCUAGAUGCACUCGACCUGAGGGGCAUCGGCGACAACUCGCUCAGUCAUGUUGCCGCUGGACUGCUCUACAACUUGACUACGGACCCCCACAAGUGCCUGACCGAGUGCAGACGGGUGCUCCAACCGAACGGGGUCUUGGCCGCGUCGGCAUGGGAGGGGAACGAGUGGCUCGAGAUGAUGCAGGUCCUCCCGAUCAUCAAACCGGAGCUCAAGAGCGCCGUGAAGGCGAAGUGGACCAGCGUCUCGGCUAUGAAGGCCGACUUGGCGGCCGCGGGCUUCCGCGACGUGGAGGUCGAGUCGGUCCCGGUCCAGGUCCCCUUUGAGUCGCACGACUUGUUCGUCGACACCCUGCUGACCUACCAACCGCGCAUGACGGCUUUGCUGAGGGACUUUACCGAGCAGGAAAAGGCCACCUUGAGGAAGCUCCUCAUCGAAGAGAUGAAAGUCUACUGUCCAACCGAGCCGGGGGCGUUGAACGGGGUGGUGCUCGUGGCAACGGGUUGUAAAUAG